AAGUUCUUGCUUUCGUGCUUAUACUUUGAUUUCGUUUAUUCACAGUCAGCGAUUGCUGCACAGCUCCUCGCAUGUCCAUUCAGAAUCUCAAUUCGCGCGAUCCUUUCGCCGAUGCCAUCAAGGGACCCGAUGACGACAUUCAGGACGGCCUUGUCCACAUACGCAUCCAACAGCGCAACGGCCGCAAAACUCUAACCACUGUGCAGGGCUUGUCGGCCGAGUACGAUCUCAAGAAAAUCGUGCGCUCCUGCAAGAAGGAGUUCGCAUGCAACGGCACCGUCAUUGAGCAUCCCCAAUACGGCGAAGUCCUGCAGCUCCAGGGCGAUCAGCGCGAGAACAUUUGCCAGUGGCUGACCAAGGCGGGCCUGGCCAAGGCCGAUCGCCUCAAGGUGCAUGGCUUUUGAGCGUGCCUACGCAGCCGGGGCAGUCAAAAGCACAUCAAUGGGAUUUACAAAGACAUGAGCAAAGCAAAAGCAAAUGCAAAACUCAC